UCUCGUGUGUGCAUUUCAUUUUGUGGAUUUUGCUGCUCUGAGGGUCGCUCGCGUGAACGUGGGCUUGCGCGUGUGCAGCGUGCGCGCGCGCGCUUCCCCGCCCUUCGCGAUAAUAGGCCACUGAGCUGAGGGAUUCCCGCGACCAAUAGACGUAAGAAGGAGAAACCACGCACUUCCGGUCCGGGGAGUAACGGCGGCGCGCGUCUGCGAGUCCGCUAGUCGUUUUGCGGAGCGAUGAUGCUCGCGGCGGGGACGGGGGUCUGGGUUUGAAGCCGCGCGGAGACACCGUGGACACGCAAAAAAAGAAAAAUAUUCAUUAAUAAAACCAUGAGCAAGGAAGAGCCGCCGCGUCGGGCCGCUUCCUUUAAAUUCACCAUCGACAGCAUUCUCAACCUGAAGCCGAGCGCGCGCGUCUUCGACGGAUGUCACCCGAAGGCGACGCGCGCCCCAGCACGCGCAGACGCUCUUUCUCUCCAGAGCGAGGACUCGCUUAAAGAAGACGCGCGCGCAGACCUGACCCCCGGGCGCGAGGACGAAUCCUUCCCGAGCGUGUUGGCUGGUGGUGGAGGCGCGGACGCACGUGAAAACAGCGGCAGCAGCGACCGGGGAACGCGCGCGGCGGCGAAAAAGAAAACGCGCACCAUCUUCUCCAAGCGCCAGAUCUUCCAGCUGGAGUCCACGUUCGACGCCAAGCGCUACUUGAGCAGCGCGGAGAGAGCCUGCCUGGCCAGCUCGCUGCAGCUCACCGAGACUCAGGUGAAAAUCUGGUUCCAGAACCGGCGGAAUAAAUUAAAACGGCAGCUGCUGUCGAGCGAAAUGGACGGAGCGACCGCCGAGUUCGGCGACGCCGCCAAGAGCGCGGCGCUUCCGCUUUUCUACAAAGAGAGCGCUUUAUUCGGACGGUGUUUAUUACCGACUCCGCUGCCGCUCGUGUAUCCCGGAAGCAGCGCGCCUUACUUGUGUUUCUCAAACACCAACAAAUACUUCGGGCUUUUCGAAGGAGAUGUCUGACUUUGUCAAAAGGUUACUAUCAUCUAUUUUUUUAAUAUGCUAUAAAGCAAAAAAUUAUUGAAACACCCAUAUUUUUUGUUUGUUUGGUUUUUUCAGCCUAAACCUACAAGUAUUAAUUUGUAUCUUGACCUGUAUUUGCUGUUGUCGUUUGGUUAUGUUUAUUUUCUGCAGUGAAAGUUGAGAGAUUAUAAUAUCGGCUUUCAGGGACCUGUUUCUUUCUAUGCAAAGCUGAAACGCUGAUGUUAUUUAUUGAUAAGUAUUUUGAUAUAGUCACCUAAUACAUUUUAUGCUCUUAUGACGUCAUAACUAGCAGCAUCCAUAUCAGCAACAGUGCCAAUCACAUCCACAGAACAAUAAUACAAACGUUUACACUUAUUAUUAUUAUUCAUUAUUAAUUAUUAUUAUUAUUAUUAUUAUUAUUAUUAUUAUUAUUAUUAAUACUAUUACAUCUUCACCAAAGAAUCAACGGCUACACGUGUUUUUUAUUUUUAUAACCUCCUACAUAGGCCUACAUCCCAAACAAGCUUAAUUCAACCCAUUUAAAAUGAAUGUAAAUGCUAUUCAUCUUUGUUAUUGUUUUACUGCAUGUUUAUUUUUAUCAUCUUAAUUUUCUUUUGGUGUAACAUGGCCAAGUAGCUUACAUUUAGGGCUUUUCACGCCUUUUGUUUUUUUUAUUACAUUUCCUGUUUUACACUUACUUCUCAAGCAAUUCUAUUUAUAGGUUAUAUCUAGUAGCACACAGCAAAUCCCCAGUGAUGUCUGAAUGAACUUACAGCAAUUACACUGCUGACUUAACUCGCUCAAGUGUGUACUUGUGUAUAUCAUUGUUUUACAUAAACACUAUAGAGUUAAAUAUGACCAGAAAAGACUGUUCAUUGUGUGUUAAUUCAGAUCUAGGGGGAUUUGUUACAUAAAGGUUGUAUUUGAAAGCCGUCUCUGGCAGGCGAUGGUGUUUGGAUUGAUGUGGAAUCUACUUAAUCCUAUUUCAACCUGGAUAAUAUCGAUUAAACACGAGUGGGCUUUUACAGUAAAGCGCGCUUGUGGAAAAAAACA